GAUUUAAAAACCCAGAGCCAAACCAAAAUAAUCCAGUACCGCCCGAACGCCAUGUCUUACGUCAGCAUGAAACGCACUAACCCUUACAGCGACGAGAACGAUUAUCACAGUGUGCCUUCCAAUCCCCGUAAAAGUCAUAGAAGGCAGAGGACCUUUUUCUCGAAAGAACAAACUGUCAUCCUAGAGGGGGCGUUUCAGUACGAGCGAUUUCCUGGCAUCCAGAUCCGGGAGAAACUUGCGCGGGAACUUGACAUCGACGAGUCGAGAAUCCAGGUUUGGUUUCAAAAUCGUCGUUCUCGUCAAAACAGACAAAAAAGGAAUACAGAAGUUCGAUCAGUACAAUCAUCCGUCGUAUCUUCAGCAUCGAUCCGUCCCAUCCACAAAUCAUCCGAGUCGAGUCAUGUCCCUCCAGCUCCUCUGCUUACUUACAGCAACACUAAGCCGCUAUCACACGUUGACUGUACUGCGCCUGCGCCAGUCUUACCGUCAUACCUCACAAGCUCAAGACUCGCCACAGGCAUCCCGAGUCCGUGGAUGUGCGCACCUUCCAGUCAAACUCGCACGGCUGACGAGUUAGCCGCCGCCAUAGGACUGAUGGGCGUGUAUGGAUCAAUACCUUACAGAUUCGACUAACAUCUUUAUCAUAUGUUUAUAGCCUUGUGCCUAAGUUAUAACGAAUAUCUGUUGUACAUUUUAGAUUGAAGAUAUUAAAUAUAGUACAUUUUGUAAAUGAAAAACAAAUAUCCCUUAUGUCUAUGUCUUUGCAAUACCUAUCCUACUAGUAUAAAUGCGUCGUGAUAUCAGGAAGGGGAGGAAUACUCAGGCAAUAUAAAAGUCGAUGGUUAAGGUGGCCCGAUUCUAUUCAGAAGGACCAUAUGUUUUCCAACAAAUCCAUCCAUUUAUAAAGCGAUCAAAUACAAGAGUGUGUAAUGGAAUCUUGAAGUUUGGAAAACAGCGACCGUAGUUCGUAAAA